AUGAAGAUGUUGUUACUUUUGCCCCUGCUGUCAGUCAUCUCAGCAGAAGAAAUUUCACCACCAUCCAUUCUUCUGAACUCAGACCCAGUGCAGAACAGGUCCGAGGCGGUUUUGACCCCCGGCUCUGCUUUCAGUCUCAGCUGUCACGGCAAUGCGUCGUUGAGUUGGUCCAGUAACGCGUUCAAGGAAGCGUCAGUGAUUCGCGGUGGCACACUGCAGGUCUUUCGCGCCAACCCCAGACACACCGGGACGUACCGGUGCGCAUACACCAACAGCACCCUGAAACACCUUCAUGCCACGGUUCACCUCUACAUCAAAGACCCAUCCGCGAUCUUUGUUACGCAACGCAACACCCCUAGCGUCAGUGAAGGUGAAGACUUCCUGUUCCGAUGUCUACUGACCGACCCUUCUUUCACCAACCUAACACUCCGAAUGGUUGAGGAUCGGAAUAAGGGGACAGGUCAUCAUUUACCCCUGGGCAUGAAUGUGAGCGCGGACCCCCGCGUAGGCGUCACCAUACACAAACCGGACAGGAAGUUCAACGGACGCUAUGUAUGCACCGCCCGGAACAACAAUACAGUUGCUACAUCGGCCACUUUACACCUCAUGGUCAUGCCAAAACCAAGUCGACCUCAGGUGUUGGUAAAUCAGAGUCAUAUUUUACGGAUAGUGGGAGAAAGCUUUGCAGUAACAUGUGUAACCAGUAGCUCUUCCAUGCUCUUAGUCAUCUUCUGGACAUACCCUGACAUUGAGGCUCCAAAUAUGACAGAGACUUCUUCAUAUAGCAACGGGUUAUACAAGAACAGCACAUUAAGCAUCGCAACUGUCGGUCGGCAACACAGCGGACGAUACACGUGUACGGCAAGAAACAACUGGCCCAGCGAAGACUCGGCAACAGCCACACUGCGCGUCUUAGACGCUCCCUUUGUGACCGCUUUCCUGCAACGCCGCACUAGCUCUCAAAGUGAGGGUAAUGUGAGCACCCAAGGAACAGAGCGGUUUCAACAACCAAACGUCAGCAAUGUUUCGGCGAUGGACGACUGGAUGCUGCUGGCUAACAUUAGUGUAGACACGACGGGGGUUCAUGUCAGCAGAAACAGCACUGUGGAUGUGCAUGAAGGCGGAGACGUUACGUUAAUCGUCGUUUUGGAAGCUUACCCGCCAAUCAGCAGCCUCGAAUGGACAUCACCUCACCUUGUCAAGACAAAGAUGCAGAGCUGCACAACAGAUGGUUACAGGUGCCAAGCCAGUCUGCUUCUGCGGCGUGUGCGUGAUGAGGAGAAAGGUCGCUACACGCUACGCUAUGCAAAUGCCCGCUUCAGUGGCUCCUUAAACUUUGAUCUGAGAGUUCUUCGUGCCCCGGGUGGCAUCAUCACUUUGGAGAACGAUACCUUGAUCUGCAGAAGUUCGGGUUUUCCCCCGCCCAUCAUUUUGUGGUCACAAUGCAGCGGUCUUGUCGACACGUGCGGCAAUGUCUCGAUCUCCUGGCUUGAUAAUGUUACCGCACAGGAGGGGCAGAAGCAACACAUAGCGCUCCCGCAGGCGUUGGCUGAUGACGUCACCUUCGAGUGUGUAUCCAUCAACAGCGUGGGACAUUCGCGGAACGUCUUCUACCUGCCUGGUAGAAGCGUGUGGACGGCACACAUGCUGGCCGCCACAGUGGGCGCAGCCAUGCUACUUCUGCUUGUUAUCGUCCUCAUCUUCAGGAUUAGACGGCAACCAAAGUACGAAGUCCGUUGGAAGAUCAUAGAGAGUUUCCAGGGUAACAACUACACCUUUGUAGACCCCAGCCUGCUGCCUUACAACAACCUGAAGUGGGAGUUUCCCAGAGACAAGCUGCGUCUAGGGGGUGUGUUGGGUUCAGGAGCGUUUGGGAAGGUUGUGGAGGCCACGGCAUACGGCCUAGGUAGUCAGGAUGAAACACGGGUCGCUGUCAAGAUGCUGAAACCGAGCGCUCACUCUGAGGAACGAGAGGCGCUGAUGUGUGAGCUGAAGAUCCUCAGUUAUCUUGGUUACCAUGACAACAUUGUCAACCUACUUGGCGCCUGUACUCAAGGAGGACCCAUGUUGAUGAUAACCGAAUACUGUUUCCACGGAGACCUGCUCAACUUCCUGCGCACGCAUGCCCAGCAUUUUGUGGCAGCCAUUUUGAGCCUGGAGCCGGCAGAGCAUGACGCCAAAUAUUUUAACAUCAGACUCAGGAGUGAUAGCGGGAUCUCGUGUUGUUCGGAAUAUCAGGAAAUGCAACCGAUGCUUUCGUCUUCAGGUGCACAGCAAAGUGAGUGUUUGUCUAUGAGCGACUUGAUGAGGUUUUCAUACCAGGUGGCUCAGGGUUUGGACUUCUUGUCGACACGAAACUGUAUUCACAGAGAUGUGGCAGCGAGGAACGUGUUGCUGAGUGACCGCCAUGUUGCCAAAAUCUGCGACUUUGGUUUGGCCAGAGACAUACGCAAUGACGACAGCUACAUCGUGCAAGGAAACGCGCGCCUGCCAGUCAAGUGGAUGGCUCCUGAAAGUAUCUUUCAGUGUGUGUACACAGUGCAGAGUGACGUCUGGUCCUACGGUGUCCUGCUGUGGGAAAUCUUCUCCCUCGGGAAGAGUCCUUACCCCAACGUUGCUGUAGAUACCAAAUUCUACAAGAUGAUCAAAGAUGGCUGCCAUAUGGACCGACCCGACUUUGCUCCGCCGCAAAUGUACCAGCUGAUGACGUCGUGUUGGAGUUUGGAGCCGACCGACAGACCGACGUUCAAGAUUAUUUGUCAGCUGGUCGAACGGCUCCUCCUUUCUGACGACAAGGCGGGGCACGGCAAGCAGCCGAUAUACAAAAAUAUUGACGAACGCGGGGAAGACGAAGACAGCGAGGAAGAGGAUGGAAUGGGUGAAGACUCCUUCAAGGGCGAGGAGCCAGACAGUGGCGAGGACGACGAGGAAUCAAUCAAGAUGACGAAGAUGACAAAGAAUAUUUACCAGCUGUCUUAA